AAGCAGAAGGAAACCACACCGCUGUUGCGCAGGGAAUGAAUUUACAUUUUAUUAUUUCAGUAAUGAGUUGCCAGAAGGCUAUGCUCCUUUUACAUGGAAGUUAAAAACAACCAAUCGCUUGUGUAAACUCGCAAUUUACAUCUUCUGCAACAAGAGCUCGGUUUAUUGGUCCACAGCCACGCAGUGUCAGCGCCUGACGCACCAGGAGCACCUAUCCGCGAGUGGGACACUGACACCUGACGGCUUCAGCUUCCAACUUGCCGGUUUUCCCCAUCACGACCACUUCAGUUCUGCAGUGCAGGGAGUGCUGCGUUUUAUGGAAGCGGACUCAGCGCAUCCUGUCGCGGUCAUGCUGCCCCCGAAGAACUGCCUGCCGAGGAACUACAGCUGCAUAGCAGGGCUGUUCGGGAGCCUGGCAGCGGCCAAUCCACGGCUAGAAGAUGGGGAAGAUUUCGACAUGAUCAACGUUACUUGUGAGCCCAUCGAGAGCCCCGUGGUGGACGAGAGGCCACGGGGCAGAGAGGUUUUCCUGAAGCCUCCACAGAGUCCAAGCCUGCGCCGGAGAUGCAAGUCCCUGCCAACACCCACAGAAAGAGCAAAGUUAGAGAUAUCUCGCAGCAGAAGUCCAACCAGUGAGAAAAAGGUGCGAUUCGCCGACUCUUUGGGUCUGGAGCUGAUUUCAGUCAAGCAUUUCAGUGAUGCAGAUGAGCCAGAGGUGCCAGAGCGCAUCCUGGCCAAACUGCCCAAAGGACCCCUGCAUCUCAACCAUUUGGACACAAAGUUCCCUCGAGCUCCGACGCAGUCUGUGUUCAUGGAGUUACAGUUCACAAACCCCGGCACAUUACCCGGCUUUGAGCACAAAGUGAGGGAGGUGAAAGUCUUGUUGGAGAGCGUGGAGGCAGACGAAUUCAGCCUCUCCGGCUUUGUGCGGGUCUUGAACCUGGCUUUUGAAAAGAGUGUCUCUUUACGCUAUUCUCUAAACAACUGGAUAACAUUUAUGGACAGUUUGGCGUUAUAUGUCCCUGACUCAAGUGAUGGUGUCACUGAUAAGUUCUGCUUCAAGAUCAUCAUGCCCACCUACCUAGACAAUGGAGGCACACUGCAGUUUGCAAUCAAAUAUUGUGUCGGCGGGGAAGAAUACUGGGACAAUAAUAAUGGAAACAACUACAAAGUGCGGCGUCACAGGUUCAAGAUGUCUCCACCUCGGGAAUGGGAGAAUGGAUGGAUUCACUUUAUCUGAAUUUAGUUGUCAGCGUGCGUAAUUUGCGCGUAAUUAUCCUCGGUUACCUUAACAGCGACCGUAGCCUGCUGAUCAUUAUUAUUAUUAUUAUUAUUAUUAUUAUUAUUAUUAUUAUUAUUAUUACACCAUAGUCCACCACAAACAUAUUCUAUUUCAAAUACAUGCCCCGCUGUGGCAACAAAUUGUGUGCUGGACGAUAAUCCUGUGAUAGGUGUCCGUUUGUGGGAUGCUGUUGAUGAUUUGCCUUGAUGUCAGGGCUCUGAACAGCGCCUGCCCUUUGGGAGGGCAUGUUCACGUUAUGUAAUAUGGAGACACGUGCCACGGAAAACGUGCCGGGCAUUGCCCACCAUAGGCAUCACUGUUCAUUUCUGAAGGCGUUAUUAAAACAUGUUGUCACAAACAUGUCGGCACUGCUAAAUUACACGUGUGUUAUGCAUGCCUGCACAAUUGAAUUUUUUUCUUUAUUUUUCUUUCUUUCUUUUUUUUGGAAGCAGGGCUCUUGUAAACCAGGUAGCAUGCUCCUGCCAUGGUCUCAUAGGCUUAGGAGGACAGGGACAACCUUGCACACACUGUCUUACACAGUCACCAGACAGAAAAAUGGUGCAGGUGAUAUCCCAAAGUUCAAUGUACAGUAUAAUCUUCCUCAGUCAUGUCAUCAAAAUGCCUUAUACAGUAUAAGCUAUGAUAUGGGAAGAUGUACAUUGAAUGUUUUACUAAAAACCCAUUAACCAUUUAAUGGCACAUGGAAUUAGUCUUUUUUAGGCUUCCCUCCAGGAUUACUGUUCUUCAUUAUCUGCCUUUUUUCCAUUGAUAACAUUCAGCUCCCACUCCACAGUCAUGCCAAAUUCAUGUAUACCAAACAUUACUCAAGAACACACACUCAUUUCGCUUAAGUGUAGUUAUUUUUUCCAAGAAAAGAAAAUGGAAAGGAAGGCACAUUUUUAUGAAUACUGAGCUUUUCCAAUGUCGUACUGUUGGGCCAGAGUAUAUUCAGACUAAAGACAUUGAUCGAGAUUGGUAGCAAGGUUUGCAAGGUUUCUUUACCUCAGAUUUAUAGUGCACCUUCUCUCCUCUUGUUCAGGUUUAUUGUUUCAAAACAGAUUUUCAGAAUUAUUUUUUUAACAGAUACAUCCAAAUAAAAAACUUCCACAUUUGUAGAUUUUUCAUUUCAAAAUUAAAUUUUUCUUCAUUGCACUUUUUUUUGGUCAAAGUAGCUAUUCCAGAAAUUACUGUGUUUAAUCAGCCCCUGCUGCUGUAAAGGGUACAUGAAGAUCCUCAGUCACCACUGUGCAACUAUGCUGCUGCUCCAUAGAUCCAAAUAGACUACACUGAUUUGACUCACCCAACUCAGUCUGAGAUACAAACCUGUUAUCUAAUCACUUCUGAGCCACAAGCCUUGAUUGAUUCUAUACGACUCGUCAGAUGUCUCUAGACAUCAGCUAGUGUUACAUUCAUACGUUUUUAAUCAAUUCAGUGGCAAGUAGCUAGUCUUCCGAGCCUGCCUCUCAGUCACAUACUCUGUAUGUGCAGCUGUACAGCAAACGGGUUAGCAUAUUGUAGGCAAAUCAUUUUUUUAAUGGUAGCUUUUUGUAGCGCUUUUUUGUUUCGUUGUAUGAUAAUGUCAUUGGUUGUGGUUACACAGAAAGUUGAGACUCCACUUUAGGAAACAGAUGCUGGGCGCUUUUAAUUCCAGCGAGGAGUGUAAUCUGAACAUAGCUUUGGCCUUUGUUUACAUCAUUGUGGCCUCAGAGGAAACUCUCCAUUUAAUGAGGCCAUCAGGUUGGGAUGUGGAUAACGACUAUUCCUGUAACCACUUAGUUUUUGGAGCAGAUCCACUGUGAGACCCAUCAGUACUGUUUGUGUCAAAAUUGGACACAGUUUAUGUCUGGACCAUGCAACCUUACAGUAGCUGAUAGAGUACUAUUUGUACUGAAAUGAGAGAUGGUCAGCACUGAGUUGAUAUUUACUGUCACUAAUCUUAACAUUAUCAUGUACAGAGCUGCAUUUUUCUCAUUUGUUUAGUUGUAUGCAGUCUACACUGUGGAUAGAAAAUGUCCAUAGCUGAGCUUACUGUGUGUUAUGUUGUUAAAUCAGUGGGUAUUUGCAUAUUGUCCGCUUUGGUCUGUGUGAACUUUGUACUAGCAUCCAUGCAUUGCAGUACCAGAAAGCAUUAGUUAUCCAGACUUAAACUACUGAUGUAUAGGCAGAGAUGCAUCAAUACAAUUUAUCACUGCCAACACGGGUUGAUUUUUGGAUUUUGGACUGACAUUUGCCUGAAUCUGUGACCUAAUAAUAAUUUGCACUGUGUAACAACUUGUUAUUCAAUCUGGAGUUAUUAGAUACAGACCUCUGUCUACUUAUUUGAUUUCCAUUUUUCAUUACAUAUGACUGCUUUAAAGGUAUCUCCCACACUGCUUUUGGUGCAUCUCUGUCAUAAAAAAUGAGGGGCUUCUGGUCUGAUUAUGUUCUGGUUCAAUUUUCACGUUGAUGUACACAUACUUUGUUGCAUUGGAACUCACUGAUAUAUAAAUAUGUAUGUAAAUGUGUUAAUGUUCCAUUUGAAUGUCUUCCUAUUAAUGUUGUACUUCGUGUAUUUUAAAGGAGUUUAAGGAACUGAGAGACAUGAAUAGGUAAAGUUUGUCAUUUGAGGAACAUGUUAAGUUGAAGGUUGAAGUGUAAACCCAAAUUCAACUAAUUCCUAAAAGCACACCAGACAAUUGACCUAAUAAUCAGACUUUCUGAUCAUAGAAUUGGAAAUCCCGUAAACUGUGAUAUUUUUUCUCAAAAUAGUGUUUUGUAUAGAUAUCAGAUAGUGUUAAAAUGUGAGCACGAAAGAAGUGAAUGAAAAAAGUAAUAUAUAUUUGAAAGCCUGUUUGUACAACUCAAAGUGUACAAUGCCUUACAAAAGUAUGAGUUUACCUAGAGAUGUGAAACAUGAAAUGUAAGAUGGGAAGUGUUAUGAAAUAUUAUUAUUGCUGAUGGAGGGGUAAUAUGAACUGUGGACAAAGACAAGGGAGAUUUAGGAUCUGGGCAAGAGGAGUAACAUCAAAAGUUACUUUAGGCUUGGACGACUUAUGAUUGUAGCUGAUACUGAGUGAACUCAGUCAAAGCAGGUUUAAUGCACUUUGAGUGAGAAGAAGGAAAGGGGAAAACUUGAAGGUCAGUAGAUACAGAAAGUGAAAGCUUCUCCUACAAAUAGCUACUAACCAAUAUGAUUUCCAUUUUUAGUAAUGUCUUACUGCUUUUUCACUAUGGUAAGCCUCAGUCACUUUUGUCAAAUCUCUAACCAUCGUACUGAUGCCACAGAUUUUAUUGUUUUAUAGUUUGAUAUUUCUUUGAUUGUUGUUUUUCUUUAAUUCUAUGCAACCCCAAUUUGUGUUGUGACAUCAGUCAUUUGACUGCUAAUAUGUACUGUCUGUUUGCAGAGAAUGUUAAUCAUGUUUGCAUGCAUAACUUUUUGUUUAGGUUUAAUGUAACCUAUAUUUUCUUCAAAUCAUAGUUAAUAAAAGCAUUUGUGAUGGAUACU